GAGCAGCGUGAAAGCUGUCAAUGAUUAGUGGUGGAACAGGUAGAGAGGGAGUGAUUUAGGAAGAGGAGAGGAAAAGAGAGAGAGAGAGGAGGAGGAGGAGGAGGGACAGAGGGAGGAUGCUGCCAGCGGAAAAUGGCUGCUGCAACCUCAAGCCUGUCCUGAUACACCGAACCGACAUCAAGGUGGGAAGGUGGGGGAGAGAAGAAGAGAGGCGCAGAAGAAGGCAAAAUGGGCGCAGAUAGAUGGAGGACGUGAGGGAGUCCGCAAGUCUUUCCUGAAAGGAGGAUUCAAAGAGUGCGAGGAGACCCCGGGGCUGCGCUGCUGCAAGCGGCGGGCAACACCGAGCCAUGGAGGGCGAUGUGCGUGUCCGCGCAGUGGUGAUGACACGUGACGACUCCAGCGGCGGGUGGGUGCCCCUCGGAGGUGGCGGUCUCAGUCACGUGGUCAUAUGCAAGGGGCGGAGCCACGACGGGAGAGGGCGGAGAGAGUACGUCAUCCGCGGAGAGCGGCUGCGUGACCGCGCGCCGGUACUGGAGUGUACGGUGCAGAGAGGCCUGGUGUACAACAAGGUGAACCCCAUCUUCCAUCACUGGAGAGUUGAGGAGCGGAAAUUUGGCUUGACAUUCCGGAGUCCGGCCGAUGCCAUCUCCUUCGAGAAGGGACUGCAAGCAGUGAUUGAUAAGCUGGACAGAGGUUCAGACUCGCCUUCGUCGUCCACCCCAGAGGAGGCUGACACAGAGGACGAUGGCCAAGCAUCCCACACAGGAAGCGAGUCCUCGUCCAACAGCAGAAAGGAGAUGCUGCCCAAACCCAUCACCAUCGUCACCAGUGAGUCGUCCUCCACCUGCUUCGUGCGGCCGGAGGAGUUCAGUUUUGGGUCCAGCCACGGGGUCACCACUCAGACACCUGCUCAGAUCCACACCAGGCUGGGGCAGCAUCAGCUCUCACCAAUGACUUCCCUGUUGAACCCCACUGGUGCCCCACCCCCGCCCCCCACACCACCAACUCCUCCGGUCGGACCCCCAGCCUCAUCUCCCCUCUCCCCGCUGUCGCCCACCAUCUCUCUGUUAGAGGAAGGGGAUCUACGCAGUGUGGACCCCUGCAAGGACCUGUGGGGCUCCAGAGGGUACGAGGACUACCGCCGAGCCGGAUCAACCAGGACUAUGGUUGGGGGUCUAACUGGGGGCGUGGUUGUGGGAGGCGGGGGCAGCCUACAGGAUAAAUCGGAGUUCUGCGUGGUCCGCUUUGAGAAGGAUUUGGCCGGAGUGGGGACGACCGGCUGUGAUGUGACGGUGAGCCUGGACAGCAAGGCCUCCCAUCGCCUCUCCUCAUCCUCGCCCACAUGCCUGUCCAUACCCAACGCCGUGUCCGGUGUGUCCUCAGGUGCCGGUUCACCCCAGGAGACGGGCAAAGGCUCUCCGUCCCCUUGCUGCAUACACACGUCGCUGGCCACGCCUCGAUCGCGGACUCGUAAGAGAGGGGGAGGGGCCAGCUGCGGCGGGGACACGGCCGUCAUUUCCCCUGACGACGACAGUCCGUGUCCCCAGGCCUCGUCUUCGUGCUCGUCCCGCUGCGUCUACUGCCGCUCCGUGUUCAGUGCGUCGGAGAACGGGCGUGGCCGCUGCAGAGACGCCCCCGACCCCGCCCUGCACUGCCUGCGCCAGUGGACCUGCGUUUGGUGCGCGGACAGUCUGCUCUACCACUGCAUGUCGGACUCUGAGGGCGAGUUCUGGGAGCCAUGUUCUUGCGAUGACUCGAUGGGGGGCCACCCGCACCCCCUCUGCUGCGCCCGCUGGCUGGCCCUCCUGGCACUCUCGCUCUUCGUGCCCUGCAUGUGCUGCUACUUGCCUUUGCGCGCCUGCCUGCGGUGUGGGGAGAGGUGCGGCUGCUGUGGGGGAAAGCACAAAGCGGUCCGAUGAGACCAGACUCUGGGGCAGGAGGGGCUUCCUCAACCAAUAGUCUCAUGGGGGACGGAGCUUUAGGUAAUGGUCUCUCAGAUAACCCAGUUUCGGACCUCCAACGUCCCAGAGCCUUCCACUGCAUUCCGCUUUCUCGAUUUUCCAACCUGGGGCCUUCACCGCCAGUCCUCACCUGAUGGGGGCGCUCAGACCGGCUCCGUCAGGGGUGGGGCGCCUCCGUUGUGGAUUUGCUGAGCGGACUUCUCCCAAGGGAACCACAGAGGUGACGUGUACAAUGUUUCCAAUAUACGUUUUUUAAUGAAAGAAAACAACAGAAAAAAAAUCCAAAAGAUAUAUAUAUAUAUAUAUAUAUAUAUAUAUAUAUAUAUAUAUAUAUAUAUAUAUAUAUAUAUAUAUGAUUGUUUUAAUUUGGUAUAUUUUAUUAAAUGUAAAACAUAUGGAACACGCGCCCCCUACCCCACACUACACCAUCACCGCUACAUGCUGCAGAAGCUCUCAAGAUUUGGUGUUUCACAGUUUACCUCGCACAUUACCUCAGAGCUGGACCCAAAGUCAGCCGGGGAGGAAGUUCACGCUGCAGUCAGACGGAGCGUUUCGGGAAUCUGCACGACAAUUAUCGACGGGAAGCUGCAAUGAUGACGCUUCAAAAUGUUAUUUAAUCCUCCAAACCCCCCACCCGCAACCAAGACCAGUUCACACACAACGCUUUUUGAAACUCAAGAAUGUGGGCGACCUCAGAGUCCGAUCGAACGUCACACCACAAUCCCGAGUCCACGCUACUGUGUUUUCAUAUCAUCUAGAUCCAAAUCUGUUGUUUAGCUUCCUGAUAUACCUGAGAUUUCCUCCCUGAUUUCAUUUCCGUACAGAGGUGUACGAUGCUUCAGGCCCAUUACAAGUUGCUGGUUUUGGUGGCAGUUCCAAAUUUUACGCUGGUUAAUUUGUCAUAGUUCAAUGAAAAAUUGCUUUUGGCUUUUUAUUUUUUUGAAGAGCAACAUGUUUUUUUUUCUCUUCUUCUCUUACUGUCCAUUGCGACGUACGAAUAUUAGCUUCCUAAAUUCUAUGGUGAGUUGCGGUUGACUCAUUGCGAAGAUAGUCAUUGCAUUUCAGCACAAGAAGCUUUGUGCAGAUGCUUCUGCCUUCCCUAAGGACAGUUUCACCCACUGGUUUUAAACAAGAUGGGUGCGCCCUCUAGUGGAUCAAAUGCAUUAAAAAUCUCAGGUUGUCAUUAGUUCACAGAAUCUUACAAUCUGAGUGAGGAGAGUAGUUAUUGGUGCGCAUGAAAGGAGCCCUUCUGUAAAGCUACAUUUGAAGUUAGAGAUGCGUCAAUGAGGUUUCACGACACAGUACUAAUGGGUUUCAUGAAUCAGUGUCCUGAUUUCCUGAGGCCACCAGGUGGCACUGUCUGCUGUUAAAAGUUUUGACUUUAACAGCUUAUUCAAUGAAACCUCACAUCAUUUCUAAACCAAGAGUGCCAUCUAAUGGCCUCUGGGAAUUUGGAGACUGUUUCAUCAACCCUGCAAUACUGUUUCAUGAUGCCUCAGCUACCCAUUACUAACAAGUGCAAUGGAUGCUGGGACCGUUUGGAUUAUGUCUGUAUAUACUGUGCAGACUCAGCAGUGACUUUUCCCUGUCAGGUAGCUCACAACCCACUUGCUCCCUUGCUCCGCCAGCAAUGAGUGUUCUCUUCACUCCAAUCUGAAACCAGUGGGGAGUUUUUCUGUUAAAUGUUGUUGACCUUUAUAAAAACACAGUAGUGUGGACAAGGCCUGGAAUCAAAAGCAACUGCACAACGUGCGUGUGACAAGAGUACUUUUGUGUCAGUCCAAUGGGUAGAGCGCCCCCUGGCCUCGGGUUUGAGUGAGCGGCUGUCUUCUCUGUGAAAGUUGAAGAUUACUUGGGAGGUUUCAGUGGAGCCAAAAGGUGGAAUCUGCCCCUUUACAUUUUCCUUAAAAUCCACACCUUGUCCCUUGUUGACUUUUGUCUAAAGUGGUUUGUUCUGACCUCUUCUUCUUUGGCCCUGGUGGUCCUCCUCGCCAUCGUCUCUAGCACUUAUAUUAUAAAACUGUCUCUCCUCUCGUGUCCAAACAACUGACCUCCCUAACCUUGUCUCUAAACUUCUUCACAUGUCUCUCUGACAGACUCAUUUCUGAUCUUUCCCUCCCUUCCCCUCUUCAUCCCUGACUCAUGAGUCUCUAAACAUCAUGGCAGUGACCACUACUGUUCUGUAAAGCCUGUGCCCUGACAUCACUGUGGCCUCCAUGCUGCUGCACUCUCUGCUUCACCUCCUUCAUCUGUCCAGAUCAUUGCUCUCAAAUACUUGAAAUGUGUUCGCUACCUCUACUUCCUCUUCUUCACCCUCUACAGAUGACUAUACUGUAUCAUCAGCAAACAUCAGCAUUCUUUUUUGUUUUAUCUAAUUUGCUCCAGUUCUUCUCAGUUCUUCCUUCUCUUUUAACCACACUGGAAGUCAGAAACACAGAUUUCCCUUUUUUUUACUGUAGUUUUCUUUCUUUAUUACUUCUUACUUUUCCCUCUUUUCCAAAGAUCUUUUCUUAAAGUAAAAUGUGCAACACAUUUGUUCUUACAGUUAGUCACUCACAAGAGUCCAUUCUUUUUUUUUUCAACAGUAAAUGGGCAGAUUUCCACUUUUGGUUUCCAGCUUUCAAAAUAAAAGCCUGUUGCAGCCAAGAAGAACUUUCACAGUUCAUCCAUCGAGCCUGAGGCGGCACUCAACACUCACCGGCCCAAACCGCGACCUGACUUUCGCUGAUGAUACGAUAGGGGGCGCUAACUGUAGAACUCAUGCGUUGGAAGCAGAGGCGGUCAUGUGACCACAACGCAGCCCCCCCCCAGUCGCCCACAUUCUCACAUCUUAAUUAAUGUGCCUUUUGAUUUGAGUAAUCAACAACGUUUCAUUUCUGAGUAACUGUAUUAAGUAUUUCAUUUUCGGGGUUAUUCGGAUUCUCCUUUCGUUUCCGUGUGUGUAUUUAUUGGUUUGAAAGUAACUCCUGAGAUAUGAACCUGUUUAUUUAUUUAUGGAGAUAUUUAUUCUUUAUUUUUUUGGAGACAGGUUUUUAACUUCCGUGCUGUCUUACUUCUGACUUUGUGCCAAUGUGCUGCUUUGAAGUGUUACAUAUCGUGGGUUUGUAUCAUUAUUAA